AGUUGGAAGAUAUGCUCUGCCUGCCAUUGUGGGCGGAUGCAUGUUUCUUACCUAUGAAAUUCUGGCAUUAGGAGAAAAUAUGACCCUUGACACACAGGCUGUAGAACGAGAGAAGUUGAAAUCCUACAUUUACGUACAGAUUGCUCCAAUGGAACAGCAAGGGUUGCAGGAAAUUACAAGAAAGGUUCGAAAGGAACUGCACAGGGCAGUUAAAAGACUGGUACAAGCUACAGCUUAUAUUUUUUCCUUAUCACUGGAUGAGAACUACAUGAAACUAGAUGUGGAAGACCAUGAGUCUGAUUUGUGGCUUCUUUUAAAACGGACACAAUCGACAAAGAAAGCAGUGCGAGUGCAAGCUGUUCAGGAACUGGCAAAGAAACAUCACUGGCAUGAUUACCAAUAUCGAACUGUGGCCCAGGCAUGUGAUCAGAAAGCUUGCAUAGGGCUAGCCAGAUCUAAAGACAUUGAUCUACGCUUCUUUUUAUGCCCUCCUUUACCGAAAGCAAUUGAGGAUUCGUACAUUGAAGAUGAACUAAGACAUCUGCUGGCCUCCCUACCACAGUCUGAAGUGGAUCAGUGCGUGCAGUAUUUUACUUCACUGGCUUUACGGGAGAGUAAUCAGUCUUUGUCAGCACAAAGGGGUGGCCUGUGGUGCUUUGGGGGAAAUGGCCUGCCUUAUGCACAGAGUCUAAGCUCUGUUCCAAGUGAGAAGGUUGAAUCGUUUUGUCUGCAAGCUCUAGCUAAACAUUCUAAGGUUCCCAGCCACUGUGAUGCAAUUGUAGCAAAUGGAGGCCUGCAGUUGCUCCAAAAAAUUUACCACCUACGCCAAGACUCUCAAAAAAUUCAAAGAAACAUCAUUCGGACAAUCGGAAAUUUGGCUUUAAAUGACCAUCUCCACUCAGCCAUUGCACAGUCAGGAUGGAUUGGUAUACUGGCUGAGGUGAUGAAAUCGCCACAUGUUAUUCAGGCUUCACAUGCUGCAAGAGCUUUGGCAAAUCUGGACAGAGACGCCGUAGAAGAGAAGUACGAGGACGGAGUAUAUAUCCUUCAUCCUCAGUACAGAACAAGUCAGCCAAUCAAGGCAGAUGUUCUCUUUGUCCAUGGCCUGCUGGGAGCAGCUUUUAAAACCUGGCGGCAGAAGGAUCGCAGCGAUAUGGAGGACAAGAAUGCUGACUACACUGAAUGUUGGCCCAAGGCCUGGUUGGCUGCAGAUUGUCCCAGUCUAAGGAUAUUAACAGUGGAGUAUGACACUCACCUCAGUGACUGGAGAUCCAAGUGCCCUGUGGAGAAUGAGAGGAAAUCCCUGGCCUACAGGGGUCGGGAGCUGCUGUCCAAACUGAAAGCUGCAGGUGUUGGGGACAGGCCAGUGGUGUGGGUAGCACACAGUAUGGGAGGCUUGUUAGUCAAAAAGAUACUUUUAGAUGCUUCAGAGGAUCCUGAAAUGAGGUCAGUGGUUCAGAAUACUCAAGGGAUUGUGUUUUACAGUGUACCUCACUGUGGAUCUCACCUAGCUGAGUACUCUCUCAAUGCCCGCUUUCUGCUGUUUCCUUCUGUUGAAGUCAUGGAGCUUAGUAAAGAUUCACCUGCUUUGACAGAACUGAACAAUAAUUUCACCAAGCUGGUAAAGGACCAAGAAGUUAACAUACUGAGCUUUGGAGAAAUGCUACCAACAAACAUCGGCAGUAUGAUCAAACUUCAUGUGGUACCUCUAAAUUCAGCAGAUUUGGGGAUCGGGGAUUUUAUUCCAUUGGAUGUUAAUCAUCUAGAUAUUUGCAAACCCAGAAGCAGAGACUCCUUCAUUUAUCAGCAGAGUUUGAAAUUUAUAAAAGAUGCUCUGGCACAAGUACUCAAAAGCUGAAUUACUUCCCCAUUUGGAGUUCUCCAAAGUGCCAAUAUUUUGAUUUGUAGAAGGACCCUGGUUUCCAUGGUGCAUUCUAAUAAAGUUUCUUCAUGUAAGCAAAACUUUGAAAAUGCCAAGAAUGAUAACAUUCGAGGAUUAUUUUUAAGUUGUAUAUAAUAAAGGGCAAUGAAUCCUGUAUUCUGACAGCAAUUCAAAUAACUAUUUUGUUAAAGUUUUGAAAGGACAGAUAACCGUGUAUAAAAAUGCUUUUAAAAUUACAAUAAGCAAAAUAUUUAUCAAUGACUGGAACUAUUUGAUUAAUUAACUUUGCUCUUUGCCUUUCUUGGUAAAGUUAACAUCUUAAUUAGCCCAAUUUACACAACACCCAUUGGUUUUCCUCUGGAGCUGCCUAUUAUUGUAUCUGAUUCUGCAGCCAUUAUUUGAUUUAACAGUAGUAAGAUGUCGGUAUAUAAAAAUAUUUGACCAAGUAUGCAUGUUGGGUGGUGCAGCCAAUCCACCUACAUUUAGAUUUUCUUCUUUGGUAAUAAAACAUGUAUCUGUUCUGUGAGCGCUGUGUUUAAAGUGUAUCACAGUUGUAAUCUUGGAGACUGGGCAGUCAAUUUGUCUGUAAGAAGAACCACAAUCAGCAUUAAGCUAAAUGCUAAGAUGUGCUUUAUUGAUGUUGUUGAGCAAUAAAAUAAUGGCACCACUC